AUGACUAGUACCAAAAGGCCCCCUGAGGGAGCUGUUCUACCUAAUUACAAGAUGGUUGUGAUAGGCGAAGGUGGUGUGGGCAAGUCUUCUUUGACUAUACAGUUUUUUCAAGUAAGUUAUGAGGAUUUUGAGGUGUUUAUUGUUAAUUUAGACAACUUUUUAAAGUGUCAACAGUAUUUUAGAUUAAAUUUACUAAGGUUUCAAGACAUUACAGUACAAAUAACUACCUUAAUAUAGUCUUUUUUAAAAAAAUAUGUAAAAAAUAACUCAAAAACAGUGUUUCUGAUGAUGAUAUUUCAUAAAGUUCAUGUGACCUGGUUUUAGAAGCAAUUUUUGGAUUACUAUGACCCAACAAUAGAAGAUCAGUACAUACAACACUGUGAAGUAGACGGUCAAUGGGUAAUGUUAGAUGGUAAGUAACAGUAACUCAAAAAAGUACUUUACUAUAUCGCUAAGGAAGCCUGCAAUCACCAUUAUCUUGACUUUUAAAAAAUUAUUAAUAGCAAACCUUAAUGUGACACCUUUUAGUAUUAGACACAGCUGGCCAAGAGGAGUUCUCGGCCAUGAGAGAACAGUACAUGAGGAACGGCCGAGGCUUCAUGUUGGUCUACUCGGUAACAGACGAACAAAGUUUCGAAAAUUCUAGAAAGCUGUACCACCAAGUACUACGAGUGAAGGACAAAUCCGAGUAUCCAGUGCUGUUAGUGGCUAACAAAGUCGAUCUAAUCAAUCACAGAAAAGUCAGCGAACAACGUGGCCGAGCUUUGGCCGAUGAAUUGAAAUUACCUUACAUUGAGACGUCAGCCAAAGACCCACCGAUUAAUGUAGAUACUGCCUUCCAUGAGUUGGUCAGGAUCAUGAAAAGCUUCCCUGGAGAUGAAGAUAAUACAGAGGUAAAGUGGACAUUAUAAUAGAGUGAAAUGACAUAAAAUACUAAAAAAAAAGAACAGAGAGUAAAAUGUUAUGCAUAAAAAAUGAACAAUAUUAAUAAUGCUACUAUGAUCUUUUCGAAUUCCAGAAAACAGAAGUCUCCGCCAGCGCGAACGCCAAGCAGAAAGGUCGAAAGAACAAGGACAAAAAGUGUUAUGUAAUGUGA